UUUUUCAGGGCUGAUGCUCCGGAGACCUCAGGGACUUCUUUCGGGACUCACAGAAACCUACACGCUGGUGAUGGCACACAGGGACUGUUUUCUUGUUCUUAGUCUAAAUGAUUGCCAAGAAGGAAGGCGAAGGUAGAACCGUCGGAUCUAGGGCUCUCCCCAGAGCUUCUAAUCACAGACCUUAUUAAACUCCUUUCUGAGCCCAAGGACAGAGUUCACCUGAACAAAUGAUUUUGAGUCAUGAAUGAAAACUCUUGCUCUUUCCAUAAUGAGGAAGAAUUAAGAGAUGGACAGGUUGAAGGUGUGUCUGCUGGGUACCCUCCACCAUGUGACAAGGACAACAGUGCUCUUCUGGCUUUCAGGGGAAUUCCUAUCUCAGAGUUGAAGAACCACGGCAUCCUCCGGGCCCUGACGGCAGAAACGAAUAAUGGCUGGGAGCCGGCUGUUAUGAAUACAGAGGUGCUCCGAGCCCAAGAAGAAUGGGAAGCUGUGGACAGUAUCCAGCCAGAGACAGGGAGCCGGGCCAGCUCAGACCAGCCUGGGCAGCUAAUCUCUUUCAUUGAGGCCCUCCAGCAUUUCCAGACCGUGGACCUCUCUUCCUUCAAGAAAAGAAUCCAGCCAACGAUCCGAAGGACCGGGCUUGCUGCCCUCCGGCACUGCCUCUUCGGGCCUCCAAAGCUCCACCAGGGCCUCCGUGAAGAAAGGGACUUGGUCCUGACCAUCGCUCAGUGUGGCCUGGAUAGCCAAGACCCAAUGCAUGGCCGAGUCCUCCAGACCAUCUAUAAGAAGCUGACCGGCUCCAAGUUUGACUGUGCCCUCCACGGAGACCACUGGGAAGAUCUGGGCUUUCAGGGAACAAAUCCAGCCACAGACUUGAGAGGAGCAGGCUUCCUUGCCCUCCUGCAUCUCCUGUACCUGGUGAUGGACUCAAAGACCUUGCUGAUGGCCCAGGAGAUCUUCCGCCUGUCUCGUCACCAUAUCCAGCAAUUCCCCUUCUGUUUGAUGUCCGUGAACAUCACCCGCAUCACCAUCCAGGCCUUAAGGGAGGGAUGUCUCUCCAGGGAGUGUAACCGGCAGCAGAAGGUGAUCCCGGUGGUGAACAGCCUCUACGCCGCCGCUUUCCUCCGCCUUGCGCACGUCUGGAGGACGCAGCACAAGACCGUCUCUGACUCGGGCUUUGUCCUCAGAGACUUGGAGGUGUUGGCCAAGAAGAGCCCCAGACGGCUGCUCAAGACCCUGGAGAUCUACUUGGCUGGAGUGGCAAAGGGACAGGCCUCCCUGUUGGGGGCACGGAAGUGUGCUGGGCCACAAGCCCCCCCCUCCAAGGAUCUCACUUUCACAGGAGUGUGUGACCUGCCACCACACUCCUCUGAAGGCACAUGGCUGAUCUGA